CGCCGUCAUGCGCUGGGGUAUGCCGCCCCAGGACGCCUUCACCUCCCAGUGGCUCGUGAGGGACCUGCGGGGCAAAACCGAGAAGGAGUUCAAGGCCUACGUGUCCCUGUUCAUGCGCCACCUGUGCGAGCCGGGCGCCGACGGCUCCGAGACCUUCGCGGACGGCGUCCCCCGGGAGGGGCUGUCCCGGCAGCAGGUGCUGACCCGCAUCGGGGUCAUGUCCCUCGUCAAGAAAAAGGUGCAGGAAGGAGCCCAGGGCUGA